UCAAUGCUCUCCUUGCAACAGGAAAACAUAGAGUCCGUGCUCUUACACGUAGGCCUGAAUCUGAUCAAGCCAAAGCUCUUGCUGCAAAGGGUGCCGAAGUUUUCAAAGCCGACCUUUCCAAUAGAGAAGAUGUUAAGAAUGCGCUUAAUGGCGCUGAUAUCGCAUUUAUUGUCACUAAUUUCUUCGAUCCGUCCAUUUUCCCAAAUAAUAUUGCUAAAGAAGAAAGGCAAGAUGAUGGAACAUCUGAAUUUAUUAUUCCAAUUGUCAAAGAAGACACCACUAUUGAGAUUAUUGAUGCUGAAACCGACACUGGCGCCAUUGUGGCCAAAGUUAUUGAAGAAGGACCAGAAAAGUGGAAUGGAAAGAAAAUCCCUUUUGCUUCAGAACGCAUUUCUUUUGGAAAAAUUGCCGAAAUAUUGACUAAGGUUACUGGAAGGCAAUUUAAACUUCGCAGUCCCAAUCGCGAAGAAGCAGAAAAAGAAUUUCCCGCUUUGGCUAGUGAAGAAUUGUUUGAUAUGUAUCGUUGGUUUAAUAAAUGCGGAGUUUUAGGCAAAGAAUUUAGCGACAUUUCCAUCACUAAAGAUUUACAUCCAAAUAUUAAUUCUUUUGAGCAAUAUGCUUACAAGAAUUGGAGUAAUAAAUAA